AUGUUGGCGAGACACAAUCAGGAGAAUGCCAUCUACGAGCAGCAACAAGCUGCCGCCGCCAAGCCGCUGAACCAGAGCGUCAGAGGGCUUGCCCCGAAAACGCCAGCAAACAAGCCGCCGAAGACGCCCUUCGGCAAGACGAGAAACGAUGAGAAUGCCAACUUGACAUUUGGAAAGGGCGGUGCGAAAGAUGGCAAGGCGGAUAGGAACGCCUUCAUCACGCCAGCCAGUAUGUAUCUGAGUGCUUUCACAGUGGGUCCCGCUAACUCAUAGUCAAAGAUCCUCGCACACGAGCACCCUUGGGCGCAAAGACAACCAACGCCAAAGCCCACCAGACUCCGUUCCUUGCACAGGAGAAGCCGAAAGACAGUGAUAAACCUUCAUCCGCAAGGCCGACCAGCCCUCGUCUGCGCCGCUCCAAGAUCAAAGUCCACGAAUCCACCUCCGUCCAGAAUGACAUUCUGUCCCGGGAUCCCGAAGAGCGCGAAAUCGAAUACAUGCCGCCUCGCGAGGUACCAUUACCCGACUACCCAGAUGACAUAGUCCCACAUGAUCGCACGUAUACUCAGUUUGAAGGCAAGAACUUGACCAGAGGCUGGUACAGCGCGUUCGCGCCCCAGAGGGAUCCGGAGGAGCCUGAUCUGAGCGAUUACGAGGAACAACUGAGGAAGUGCGAGGAGCGGGAGAAGAAAGAACAGCAGAAGGCGAAAGCGAUCCCGAUGGGGACCAAGAGCACAACAUCGCAGGCUCUGAGAGCGAAGCCAACGACUCUGAAGGCGCAGAAUGCUGCAUCGGCGUUGGCGAGUAAGCCCGCCACCAAGCCCGGCGCUUCAAGACUCACGACUACCGCUGCCGCUGCAAAAGCCAAAGUCCCCGCUUCUAGUCACGCGACGAAGAAGCAGCCCAUGUUCGAGCGUGCCAAUCCUCGCUUUACCGCUGCAAAGGCCGCUUCGAACAGCACGAUCGGAUAUUCCAAGGGCAGGGUAGUCUCUGCAAACCGUCGGCCUUUGAACGAAAUCCAUUCGAAGCAACAAGACAACGCGCCUGCCGAAACACCCAGGGAGAGGAACACGCUGGACGAUCUCCUCCGCAUCGGCACCAUGGACGUCUCAGGCGACAAUGGAGAUCUCGGCUUCAGCACUUCCGAUGGAGACCUAGGAGGACUUGUCGAUGAUGAAGAGGAGCCAGAAGUCUUCCAACUGGACCCUGUUGAGGAGCUUUGA